AUAUUCUUUACGCAAGUUCCAGAUCCUGUCGCCUUCUUCCCCCUCAAUGCUGUUUACGGUACCAAGGAGAUUGACAACCGAACGGUAAAAGGGAUUCCGCAUGGGGUUACUCUGGCUCCAGGGCCCGAUGGAAGACCUAACUACUCUUAUAAAUUUUCUGGAAGCUCCAACAGCUACAUCGAGUUUCCCAACAGCAUUGGAGGACCUUUAGACGUGCGAUAUUCGAUGACUAUGCUGUGCUGGGUUUACUAUGAUGGCAAAGACGGACCGCUUUUCAACUACGAGAACGGUUCAACCUGGGGUGUUCAUUUAUGGGUUGCCCAACGCGGGAAACUUUUUGUCCGUUUCUGUAAACGAGAUUAUUCGUAUACCGAACGUUUGGAGCAUACCAACCUCGCCGGUGGAUGGAAGUUUGUUGGCGCAUCUUACAACCGUUCUUCUGGCGAAGCCAAACUGUGGGUCAAUGGAGCCGUGGUUCAGCCGUUAAACAUUGGAGUGGGCCUUGAACUGGCCACACAGGAUAACAUCACAAUGGGUGUGAAGACUGGUGAUGACAGGUACUUCAAAGGUAGAAUUGCUCAGAUGCGGAUCUACAACCGAGCUUUGACUCAGGAGCAAAUUCAAGCAAUACAGAAACUUGUUAUCGCAGGUAAUGAAAAAAAAUAA